GUCCUCCGCAUUUUUAUUCAUCAUUAAUUCACUCGUUAAUGGUUAAUCAUCUAAUGUGCCAGCGUGAUUUUAUUUAAUCAUGGCGGAAAGUCCGAGGCCCUUCAAAGAUAAUACCGUUACCACAAUUGGAGAGAUAGUUAACGAUUUUGGCUCAAAUACUACAGCGCAUGGAAUACCUCGAAUUAUCUCUGCGACAAAACUUCUUUCAAGGGUUUUCUGGACGUUGAUUUGCCUUGGGGCAUUUGCGUUAUUCAUCACACAAUCAAUAACACUUUUAAAGGACUAUCUUGCAUACCCAACCACAACCAAAGUAGAAUUGGUUCCAAAAAGUAUAGUUACAUUUCCGUCGAUUACGAUCUGUAACAUGAACCGUUUACGAAGAUCGGCUUUAACGGGAACGCGGUUUGAAGAACUUAUAGAUAUAGAUGGCGGCUUUGACGAAGACUACACUUCUUGGUUUGGAUCAAAUGUAUUUUAUGGUAGUGAAUCGGCGCCACAAACAUCUAAUAACGGUGGUGGAUCUUCGUCACAAGCAACAUCUAAUAACGGCGGGUCGGCGUCGCCAUCAUCUGAUAACGUUGGUGGGUCGGCGUCGCCUUCAUUCUAUAACGUUGGUGAGUCGGCGUCCCCAUCACCUAAUAUCAAUAGUGAAUUGACGUCACAAUCACCUGAUAGCGUUCCUGCACCGACGUUACCGUCACAAACAGAUGACGGAGGUAUCCUCAGAAGAAAAAGGAAGUCUCUGCGCAAUGGCCGUAAUGCUGAUUCCGAGCAAAGUUCAACUGAUGCAUCGGUGGCAAUGACGGAUGAUGCAUCGAUGACGGGUGAUGCACCAAUGACGGGUGAUGCACCAAUGACUGAUGAUGGAUCCAUUGACUCAGAUUCUUUGAGAAACACUGAAACGUCUAAUACAGAAGAUGAUACGAAUCCCAAUGGCGGUGGGGAUUCAUACGGAAAUGUCGGUAGCAGUUCAUAUUGGAACGACUAUUUUGAUUUUUCCUAUUAUGGAUCGUUCGAAUUCCUGUACGAUGACUACUAUGACUGGGGAGAUAUAACGGAUCCAAAUGACUGGAGAGCGAUUUACGAUAAUUCAAGAACCGAGGAUUACAGUGAUAUCAUCAAGGCUCUUAGUCCAACGAAAGAGGAGCUGCGAGAAUACGGACACCAGGCAUCUGAUUUCAUCUUACAGUGUUCGUAUAAUAAAAGAAAGUGCAAUUAUACAGAUUUUCUCCAGUUUCAAAAUUUGCAAUAUGGAAAUUGUUACACAUUUAACCACGGCACAAACGGAGAUGUUCUGCGAGAAACGAGCCAAACUGGUGAACAAUCUGGAUUACGAUUAACAUUGUUGAUUGAGCAGCCGGAGUAUGUUGGCCUGUUGUCACAUGACGUCGGUGUACGUGUGUCGGUGCAUCCCCCCAGCAUUGCUCCACACCCAGAAGACACUGGUAUUUCUGCAGAGACAGGAACCUCAACUUCAAUCGGUUUGCGACAGCAUCAAAUUGUAGAAUAA